AACCCUCUUGGAACAAUCCUGCGUGGCGGUGUCCUUGGGGGGCGCAUCACCCAUAACGCAGAUAUGAUGCAUAAGGUUUAAAAUCAGCGAAUGUUCACAAGGCAGAGAGUCACGUGAUGUAUGAAGGCAAACACAUCCACUUCUCUGAGGUUGAUAACAAGCCCCUAUGCUCCUACAGCCCCAAGCUCUGCAAGCAGAGAAGACUCAACGGCUACGCCUUCUGUAUCCGACACGUUCUGGAGGACAAGACCGCCCCCUUCAAGCAAUGUGAAUAUGUGGCCAAGUACAACAGCCAGCGUUGCACUAAUCCCAUCCCCAAAUCGGAGGACCGUAGGUACUGUAACAGUCACCUGCAGGUACUCGGCUUUAUUCCCAAAAAGGAAAGGAAGAAAAAGAACGAUGCACUGGAGGAAGUAAAGGCUAGACCUCAAAUGGAAACCGUGGCCUUCAGCUUAACAGUGCCCACCCUGGCCUUGAAGAUGCCCAAUGGACUAGACGGGAUGACCCUCUCUCCUCCCGGAGCCCGGCUCCCUCUCCACUACCUGGAAACGGACUUGGACGACUCCUUCACUUUUGAGGAAGAAGAGGAAGAGCUGAGGAAAGGAGCGUCGAUAAAAAAGAAAUUGCAGAGCAAGUUGGCCCAGAAUCGGCAGCGGCAAAAAGAGACAGAGAUUUUAAAAGUUCAUCAAGAGCACUUUAGCCCUCACCCUGCACCUACUCAGCUGCAACCUCUGUCGCUACAGGAGCAGCACAUGUCGGUACAACCUGCGCCAACGUCGCUGAAAUCCGCCGGGCUAACACAGAACCUGGCCUGUACGUCACCUCAACCUCAGAAUACCAGCUUGCCAGUACAGGGAGCGUCGCCUGUCACGCACACACUAGCACAAAUAAGGAAUCUGUCUAAUAAGAGACCUCUUCCUGCCCCAACACUCUCCACAGAGCCGCCGCGGCCGGACCGGAUUCAGGUGACAGCCCGAGCCUUACCUACGUACUCGUCCUGUGUGAGCCGGCUGCAGAGGCUGAUGUCUCUGUGCACGCAGAAGCACCAGCUGGACGCAGAUCUGUUUCCACAUUUGGGGCUGGACUGGUCAGAAGACAGUAGUGAGGAACAAGAUGAUUCUGAUCGAGCAUCUCCGUACAACGUUGCAUGGUCAUUCCGAGAGAGUCUGCAUCACGACUGCAAAAAGUAUGACGCCGAGGUAGCGCACAGCAGGAGCUCUAGGGUUGCACAACUUUGCACUUACUUUCAACAAAAAUACAAGCACCUCUGCCGCCUGGAGCGGGCAGACUCCUGCCAGAAGAAAUACCGCCACACAUUCCGGAGAGCGUUACAGAAAGCGGCCAGCAGCGAGCCUGAGUCUACCGGGCAAAUGAUGCAAGAUCUUCACAGAGCUGCGUGUAUGAGGACCAGUUACAGACCUAUUCAGCCAGAACUCAGAGAAACGCAAUCAACGCUCUGCAGCGCAACUGUGCGGAGCACGGCAUGUGCAAACAGAGCGCUCCCGUACACCAGGCACUGCUUUCAGCAUAUCCUGUCCAGCAACUCUCAGCAGCUCUUCACCAGCUGCACAGCAAAGUUUGCAGACGGGCAGCAGUGCUCUGUACCGGUCUUUGACAUCACACAUCAGACGCCUCUUUGUGAAGAACACGCCAAGAAGAUGGAUAAUUUCCUCCGAGGGGACAAUUCACGUAAGCUUCAGCACCAGCAGCAGAGGAAACCCAGAAAAAAGACCAAGCCCCCUGCGCUUACCAAAAAACACAAGAAAAAGAGGAGGCGGGGUCCCAGAAGGCCGCAGAAACCCAUUCCACCUGCAGUGCCCCAAGGCAACCUCUGCAUGCCGAGCAGUCUGUUACUGCCAGUGGCGGUCGCCAGUAUAAGGAGUCCAUCCACGCCGGAGCUAAGCACAGAAGAACUACCUGAUGACAUCACUAGUGAGAUCACAGACAUUCCUCAUGAUUUGGAACUAAAUCAGGAAGACUUUUCUGAUGUCCUCCCGCGUCUGCCUGAUGACCUCCAAGACUUUGAUUUCUUUGAAGGUAAGAAUGGAGAACUUCUCCCCACCACUGAGGAGGCUGAAGAGCUGGAGAGGGCUCUUCAAGCAGUCACAUCUCUGGAAUGCCUGAGUUCCAUAGUGGUGCUUGCCCAAAGUGAUGGCGCUUCUAGUCAGGACCUCUCCGAUCGUGGCAUACCGUCAUUCUCUACAGGUUCUGGAGGCCAGGAUAUCCACUCUCUGAGCCGUGGAGAUCACGCGGACCUCGGAGAGCUGCUGAAUGGGCGUAUGGUUCAUGAAAACUUUACCAGUCUGGAACUGGACGAAAACCUCCUUGGUCGCGCUACCUUGUCUAGCUCCUCUGCACCUCUGAGCGGACAUAUUCAGAGGCAGUACUCAUCCUCCGUCAACGUUGGCCUUACUUCUGCCACUCUGAUAAGCCACAGCUUGCUUGAAGAGAGGUCUUUCACGGGUACAUAUCAUGGAUUACACGCAUCCCAGAGGCCUCUACCUGCAGAGAUCCUGAGCAAAGCAGAAAAUGUAAUCACCUCAAAGCAGCAAUACAGCAGCGAACAUUCGCAUUCGUCUCCCCACGGAAGCCAUUAUGACAGCGAGCAUGUGCCGUCACCAUAUAGCGACCAAAUGACGUCCCCGCACGCCGCUGCCUUCGGUGAAGGCUUAGCGGUUACCUUUUCUUCAGAGGUUCCCAUUAUUACACAGCACUUGCUCACCAACCAGAUGGAGGUCCCUCUAAGUGGGGUGGUAAACCCCCGGACUCACUGGGGGAACCUUCCUGUGAACCUUAGUGACCCAUCCGCAUUCAGCACCUUCAUCAGCUCCGACGGGCACCUACUCUCCACGUCUCUGUCCACCCCUCAAGCUGUCUCUCAUUCAGAGGCCGCACAGCCUACUUUCUCCACUGUGACCCCUAACAGCUCCAACAUGCUUCCGGGGUUACCGCAGACCAGUUUUAGCGGCUUAAGCCCCCCACCCUCAGAACUCAUGGAUUCCACAUCUCCCAAACAACAGCUCCCUCAGUUUAUUGCAGCCUUUGGCCAUCAGUUGACUUCUCACAGUGGCAUCCCCAAAGACCUACAACCCAGCCAUAGCUCAAUCGCUCCCCCGGCAGGAUUCGCUGUAACAGGUGCCACAUCUACAAGUACCAACAACACCUCCUCCCCUUUCACCAAACCCAACUGAUCCUGUUUCUUAUACAGACGAUCGUUGUAUGCUCCUUGUUUUACUCUCACCACCUUUUCCCUGAAAUAUUUUUCGGUUCACUUUGAUGAUGGAGUGGGGGAUGGGGGGUUAGGUUGUCCUCUGCAGUGUCCUCCUUGUGCUUUGAUAGCACCGGUGUUCCUACAGUCCUUGUUUGUUGGCUUCUCCCAUAUUUCCUUCUCCCAGGAUUGGCGUUGGGUUCUUACACGUUUUCUGCGUGACUUCUGAUGCCUCAUUUCUGUACUAGCCGGUAUUUGUAUUCUGACCCCACAUAGUAUAUAUUUAUCGGUCGGUGUAUGCAGGCAGAGGGUCACCUAGGAGAAAUCAGGUUUGUGUGUGACAGCAGGAAGAGUGCAAGAACUCACACUUGGAUUUAAUGCAGGACGAACCCAGUGUCCACUUCUAGAGAAAUUAAGCUAAUCUUAUAUUGUACUGUGUGUAUGUGUGUGUAUGUAUGUGCGUGUGUGUUCUAGCGUCUGGAGAAGUUCCACGGAUCUGGGUGGGGGGUGGGGGGGAAGUGUCGCCAGAAAUCUUGUUCCAAAUUUUGCAUCAAUUCCAUGUUUUAUUAUUUUUUUGUACUUUUCACUAUGCGGAUGGAACCACAGUUAUCUUAGCUCCUCUGCUGCACCUAGGUGCACCAUGGAUUAUUAGCAUAAGCCCUUCAUCUAUUGUUCUCAGCUGCAAUACAAUACAGAGAGAACAAUACAUCAGGGGAUUAAGUCAUUACAGCAGGGGAUUAAGUCCGACUGCCUUGGCUCAAUCCUAUUAAAGGCCAAGAUAAAUAUGGAUCCAUCUAUAUGCUCUGGAUGGUAACAUGGGCUAAACCGUCACGGUGAGAAUUAGGACAUAGAGGACUACAGUGAUUGGAGUGAGCGGGCAUGUAAUGCGCUCUUUGAUUCCGUUGAGUACAUUCUUGUUUUGGUGUUUGUCCCCCCCUCCUCCGCCCCGUCGGCCCUCGUUGAUUUGUGGUAAAUAAGAAUUAUGCUACUGAUUCCGUUGAGCAUCAUGGUAUGUGUUUUCCUAUUUUGUAGCUGGGGGUUAUGCAUGUGGGUAGUGGGGUGGGGGCUUAUAUAUGGAAAUGGCAGGUGUCUAAGGCUGGGAGUAUUGAUAGGACACUUUGGCUGCCCUUUGCUGCAGAGAGUGGUGAUCACCAGUUUGCCUCUGUUAAAUAAAUAUAUUCAAUAUUCCAUUGCUUAUUUAAGGAACAGCCGUCUCGUACAGACUUUAUAUAACGUGUGACCUUUCAGAUUUGUUUGGUUUGUGUCUCAGAUUAUCCCCUUGAUGUUUCAUUUACGUUUUAUAAUCCAAGGUUUCUUUUAUAAAGACCCCAGAGGAAGAUCAUUCUCAUUGAUAUUGCAAUCCUAGUAAAUUUCAGAGCUUUUCUGUCCAGCAGAGUAAUAUUCCGUAUCUUAAAAGUAAGGUGUGCUUCGUUGCCUACAAUCACCUCCUCCGCUAAGGCGGCCUUCCUUAUGGCUUUUCUACUUUUGGUUGGCUUGUUUCCUGACUGGUUUAUUUGAUUUGUGUCAAGAAAAUGGAAACGCGCAAAGCUACAAAUUCGGUUCUACAUACCUAGAGGUGGUGUUGUCCGUUAUGACGAUGGGUGUUGUAUGUGCUGCAUCAGGGCCACAUCCUUACAGAGCAAUGCGUGUUCAAAGGCAAGAGGCAAAGCUGCCCCUGAAUAAAUCCUUGUACAUUUUGGGUUUGCUGACAUAUUCCAUAUUAUGCUUCGUUUAAGGCUUGACGAAUCAUUUGGCCAUCACCAGUCCUUUAGUCACUUGCAACUAUAAAUGAUUAUUCUUCUGCGACUCUCAGUUAUACAGGGAAUCUGUCCCCACGGGUGCACCAGUUACAUAUAGUGGGCACAGAUAGCUAGAUACAGCGCGGCUGCAAUUGGCAGAUUGCAAUGUUACCAUAGUUCCAAAACUUUUGUCACAAAACAAAAAGGCUUUUUUGGCUAUAGUUUGUCAUGGUUAUUGACUCUGGGACAUCAGAAUUGCUAGUAAAGGGACCAAAUAUGUCAAAUUACCAUGAUCAGAAGGCCCCGUGUGACCGGUUGGAGGUGAAUACUGGCAGAAAAUCACUAAGGGGGGAAUCCAGUUUGCGCUGAAGUCAGCCCGAUGCCGGCACUUAUUGGGGAUUUGUUUUUUCGGGACCCGCUGUGGUCCUGAAAAAAAAUCCCUGAAAAGUGCCCUGUUUUCGCGGCUGCAAAAACACAUAGGUCCGUGAACUUCUUACGUGCUUUUGGCCGAAAACAUGCAAUUUUUCUGGCAAUAAAAAUGGGCUCUAAUUGGAGUACCCAGAAAAAAAUAAUUUUUGGUAAAGUCCUUUUUUGCUGGCCGAAAAUGAGCGGGGCCAAUUGAAUUGCUCCCUAAGUGGGAAGUGAUCAUCUUUACAAUUGAUUCAUUUCCACACAUGACUCCUCAUUGAUCUAGACAGUAUUUGUACUAAUGCUCUUGUGUCAUGGGAUAACACUUUCAUAUUUUCCCAUGUAAAAAGUGAGGUUUUUGGGGAAGAGUGUCGGGGUGUGUUCUGCCCAUCUUGUGCGUCUGCUAAUUAGUCUAAAUUGGGAAGUUAUAUUCUUCCUUUGUUAUUUUUUUGUUAUAUGUGGGUACGAAAAAUGAAAAAGGGCUUAAUUGUGCCAGCGUCAGGGGGUUAGAUACACCAGACAUCGUGCUAUGAGCUAUUUAUCUACAGUCUGAACAAAGGGGCAGCUUUAACGUGUUAUAUUGUUCUCACACGUUACUAUUCUUAAAUGGUACUUUAGCCAAUCAGCUCCUAAGUGUCAUUUUUCAAACACAUGACAGGAGCUGAUUGGUUGGAGCACCAUUUAAGAUUAGUAACAAGUGAUAAGAAUAUCGGGGGUCAUUCCGAGUUGAUCGCUAGCUGCCGUUGUUCGCUGCGUAGCGACCAGUGAAAAAAACGGCUAAUCUGCGCAUGCAUAUGCACCGCAAUGCGCACACGCGUCGUACGGGUACAAAGUCCUUUGUGGUUUUGCACUGGUUCUAGCGACGAUUCCAAAUGCACAGCCGAUCGCAAGGAGAUUGACAGGAAGAGGGCGUUUCUGGGUGGCAACUGACCGUUUUCUGGGAGUGUUUGGAAAAACGCAGGCGUGGCCGGGCGUUUGCGGGGCAGGUAUCUGACUUCAUUACCGUGUCACUCGUCGCAGCAAUCAUCGCACUGGAUAAGUAACUACAGGGCUGGUCUUGUUUUGCACAAAAUGUGUUUGCAGGCGCUCUGCUGCACAGGCGUUUCGCACUCCUGCAAAGCGAAAAUACACUCCCCCGUGGGCGGCGACUAUGCGUUUGCACGGCUGCUAAAAAUUGCUAGUGAACGAUCAACUCGGAAUGACCCCCAUCACUUGUUAAAUCUGCCCCAAAAUGUAAAGCUUAUGUCCAAUUUUGGACAAAUUCACAUCCUGGUUCUAUCACAGCGUAGUAGGGUUGAACUCCUCUUGAGUACCGUGAUCAUUCCUCUUGAAUAGCGCUGGUGCGAAGGAGGUUUCUUAUACCGUGAGUGCAGGGUGAGAUGCCCCAAACCUCAGUUGAUGGUGUAGGCCAGGUAGCAGGGAUUGUCUGGAACUGGGCAGCUCAUUUCAGGGUUUUUGGUUUGCAGUCACUUUCACGCGUUUUGUUAUUUUACAACACUUCCAAUCUGAUUUGUUUUAUUAAUUUUGGGGAACUGUUGGCAAACUACAGCACACAAGGCACCUUCAGUGGUACAUUGUAAAGUAUUUCUUCGUUGAGAAUGGUGAUGAAUUACUUGUAGUGGGUGAAAACAUGGAUGUUACCUGCAGUAUGUAUAGGUCAGUCUGAUACAAUGGUACAAUUAAGAAAAACAUGUUUAAAGAUUCAGCACCAGUCAUACACUUACAGACAAGUAGGGGUGUAUUUACUAAAGUACAGGUUUUCAAAAGUAGAGAGGUUUCUCAUAGCAACCAGAUACUAGAUAGUAUUUUCUAGAAGGAAGUAGAAUGGGCAACAACUCCACAUUUAGUAAAUAUACCCCUUAGACAGUGCACUUUACUGCUGACCCUUGUAAUAAUAUUAGGGAUCACCGCUUAGAGAGAGGCGUGGUGGUCAUCCGCUUUAUAGAAGAAGUAUUGUAUGCUGGGAAGUACUCCGCCCUGUGAUAAGAACGGAAAGACCCGGGGGCUGAUAACGCCCUUUUGCGAAAAGCAGAAAUGUAUGCACCCAAUUCAAGAUCAUGAUCUUAUUUAAUUUUUGUUAGAGACUUCACUGGCAUCAUGUACUUUUAGUCUUGGGAACUCUUUUUUUUUUUUUCUGUGCGGACGUGAAGUGACCGCACCGGUGGUCCCCAAAAUGUCCGCGAGCAGAAUAUUACAUUGCUAAAUUUUAUAGUAAUUUUUUUUUUCAAUUACAUGUUCAUUUUGCACUCUUCAAGAAAAAAAUAAUUAAAAAUAAAAAGUAUUAAGAAUAAGUCUUCAUUUGGCCGCUGGCUUGAGUUAUUGCAGACUGGGAAAUUACAGUGCAUGCUUCUUAUUUUAUUAAAAUGUCUACAAAUGAUUUUAAAAAAUAAAUAAAUCCCAGUCUUUCAUUUCUCUUAGGUAGAAGCAUAGAAAGCUGGAAUGUGUAGGUAGCACGGCAUUGAAUGCGCAGAUUCAGGCCCUUCUGCAACAUUAUUCUAAGGGCAUGAAAAUACACACAUCUGUCUGGAAGGCGGACUUACCACUUAAUGCCUGUUCUAGCCUAUACCUAGCAGAAAUCCUUGGCGGUGCGGGGAACUGUGUUAUUCUGCUUAUGGGAGUAUGUGCAAUUACUGAGAAACAUUGUCUUGUGAAAGUCAUAUGGUUACUUAACCACAAUUGGAUUUAUUAAUGAGUUAUAAUAAUUAGUACGCCUUUCUGUGUCCACCUAGCGAUGGAUUUCAGCGUUUCCACUUGUUUUGGUGACAGCUGUAUAACGUACGACUUGUGUCUUUACGAAACCCCUUGGCUGACGCAGGAUAACCGCAUCAUACAAGAUUACAUUUAUUCAUAAGGAAAUCUUACUUACUGGGUAAACAAGGCAAUUUUAUUUUCCGCGUUGUCACUAUUGUUGAUCAAUUCACUCUACAAACAGUAAUUGUCUAUAGACACAGACUACAAAAAGUUACAUUGUGCACAGUUGUAUUUGAAGUAUUGGAGUUAUGAUUGUAAAAAGUCCCAAUUAGGAUAGCUUGUUGCAAGAAUAGAGUAAAGUAAAAAUGCACUAUAUAGUGUAUAAAUGUUAUUGAUUAUGCAAAUGUUCUAUUUAUAUAUAGAUAAGGUAUCGUAAAGAGAUUUUGGGUUUGCUGUUUCUGAAGGCAGACGUCCUGUAAUCAGAAUACAAUGAUCGACAGGUGGCAGUAUCAAGCAGCUACGGAUGUUGUAUAAUUUAGAAUAAUUCCAUAUUGUAUGGCUGGGAUGAAGACCCAUAACUCUGGGUUAGGUCAUGAGGUUAUACAGGUUGAGUAUCCCAUAUCCAAAUAUUCCGAAAUACGGAAUAUUCUAAAAUACAGAAUUUUUUGAGUGAGAUAGUGAAAUCUUUGUUUUCUGAUGGCUCAAUGUACACAAACUUUAUGUAAUACACAGUUAUUGAAAAUAUUGUAUUAAAUGACCUUCAGGCUGUGUGCAUAAGGUGUAUAAGAAACAUAAAUGAAUUGUGUGAAUGUAGACACACUUUGUUUAAUGCGCAAAUUUAUUAAAAAUAUUGGCUAAAAUGACCUUCAGGUGUAUAUGAAACAUAAAUGCAUUCUGUGCUUAGAUUUAGGUCCCAUCACCAUGAUAUCUCAUUAUGGUAUGCAAUUAUUCCAAAAUACGGAAAAAUCCGAUAUCCAAAAUACUUCUGGUCCCAAUCAUUUUGGAUAUGGGAUACUCUACCUGUAAUACUGAAGGUGUUUAAAGGAACAGAGAAACCCUCCUGACCGCACAGGUCUUGUAUUUGGUGACGGGAUAGACUUAGAUUGUAGGAAAAUGUCGUAAAGACAUUUGGAAGUCAUCAAAUGGGCAAAUAAAUGUUAUAAAUAUUAGGCACAUUUGUUUGUUUUUACAAAAAAUUACCAUUAUCCAAAACUUUUUAUUUUCUUUGAUGUAAUUACUCCGUGCAAUACUAUAGUUACGCUCCCACUUGUGACCUCUAUAAUGGAACCUGUACUCCAAGAGGACAACCUCUGUAGGUUAUAAGUCCGUGGUAAACCUUAAUAGAGAUACUGGAAUGUAUUUACUGGUGGAGGUGAUGAAUGUACAGAGGUUGGCGUGUUGGUGCAGCCUAGCCGUGACAUUUUUCAUCCCGUUUGUUGUGCUUACAGGACAGUAACAUUUUACACCGUAGUCACUGUAUAUAAUUUCCUCACUGGCAGGUAUUCAUAGCCAGAAUUCCACUAUUUCAGAUUCUCCCAUGAAAAGUGCGGCUGUGGCGGCCAAUUAUUAAUGAAUUUCUUUUUAAAAAAACUUCAAAAAAUUGCAAAUUGAAAUAAUUUAAUCACGUAACGUGUAAUGCAGAAUGAAUCGAUAUAGACCUUCCGUAACUGUACUGACCGGACAUCCAAUGUCCUCCCGCAUGAACCCAUCUGAAUUAUCAUGUAUUGGAAGUUUUUGCAAAUCUAUGUAAGCGAUCAUUAUACUAUUAUAUAUAAACAUUCCUUUGAUGCAAAUUUCCACUAUGAUAACUUCAGCGUCUUUCCAGUCUGUAAGUGAUAAUGGAGUUAUAGGUUUGUAAUGAAGGAAAACAGAAAUGUUCUUUAGAUAAUGCCCCAAGAAACCAAGAAGUAUCCUGCGCAAUCUCUAACGCGCUCUCCUUGUGUGAUCGUCCGUCCCUGUCUAUAUUUAUAGCACAUCUGUCUUCUAUAAGGUUUUUUUUGCUCCCCCCUUUAAAAAGUGUAAAAAUGUUAGGGGAACAGGUAACAACCCCAAGGGUAGACUGUAGUACAUAGCAGCCGAGAGAUCACACUAGUCCAAGGUUUCUGGUGUAUCUGGUCUCAGACCGUUUUAUUAAGCAGAUAAAUAAAAAUACAAUUAAACACGUUGCCUGCCCGGCACUUCAGUUGUGUCCACAUACACCUUUCCCCAAUUUAGCCAUAUGGCCAAAUUUGCCGUGCAACCUUACCUGCAAAUUAGCCAUGUCUUGUGAUUUUUCUUAAAAUAUACUACUUUAAUCUGCUACUUUAUACAAAUUCUUUUGCAGGAAAAUAAAAUGGGAAUCUGAGCAUUUUCUAACUAAACAGAAAACAGAAACAUACAGUACCUGACUAUCCUCUACAAACACAUUUGAAAGUUUGCGCAAGUGUAGCUCACUUGUAGCAAGUGCUGUCUCUUUUCCCCAAGGCCGUAUGAGAGAGAAUGGCCAGGCUGACAUGCAGGUGCAAUCGCUAAUUAAUCUGAUAUAAGGCUGAAGGCCCUAAGACCCGAACUGGGCCUAAUGAUGGAGCCCGCCCUCACUCUCCAUCCAUAACCCCAAGAACCCUUGUCUGGCUUUUAUCAAACCCUGUAAAUAACACAACUUAAACACUUUCCUUUGGUUUUUAAAACAUGUAGGUUUUAUAUAUAUAUAUAUAUAUAUAUAUAUAUAUACAUAUAUAUAUAUAUAUAUAUAUAUAUAUAUAUAUAUAUAUAAAUGGCUCCUAAUCCCCUGCCACCCGUCCUCUCUCAAGCACUAUAGUGUACUUGUGCUGUUCAGUUUCUGCUGAUUGCCUGGUUGUCCAGUUGCAGCCGAUUACAUCACUGGUGUUGCAAAAAUCAGAAUUCUGAGCAAGAACAAAAAAUUGAUUUAUUUUUUUCAUUAAAAUACGGCCAAAACCAUUUAUCUAAAUAUACAAUUAUUGUUUUCUAAUAUAAAUCUAUAUUAUCUAUUCCAUAAUAAUUGGUGUGUGUCAUUGUUACAUAGCGUAUGUAGCAGUGCACAAUAUGUACAGUUACAGGGUAAGCCAGUGUGUUUGCUACAUAUGUAGCUCCCGCUUUGCGCCACCCUUGUUUCUGGUUUCGCUGACCUGACGGGUUUUUACUGCCGCCUUUUUUUUUUUUUUUUUAAGAAAAAAAUAUAUAAUUUUGUAAUGAAUUGAUUCUUGGAACAAAAGCUCAAGUGAACGAAUCUCAUUUUAAGUGUUCCUGUGAAUAUUAAUAGAAAAUACAUUUUGUAGUGAAGAUAUAUAUAGAGAAAGUGUAAGUAAACCUUAAGCCUGUAUAAACAAGGUGGGUUGUCCCAUAACAGAGCAAACCUAAAGUGAAAUAGUUAUAUCUAUGUUUGGAACAAACAUCAUCCCCGCAAUCAACAAUUUAUUUCUCUUAUUUGCGGGAACGUUGCGUUAUCAAAGCCUUUUACAAAUCGGGGACUGCAGCACUAACAUAGCCUGGAGUGCGCACUCGCGUCUAUCUACUAUUCAUCCAUGCCGGAGUUGAAUUGUGGACUACAGCUGUGAUUUGUUGGUUCUCUCUCAAGGUCUGGUAGUAAUCGCUCGCUCUGUUCUCUGACGUGCAGCGGCAAGAUGCCAGGGCAUGGCCGGGGUGCAGUGUUACGAGUAUGACGGUGUUGGCGGUCCGACGUUUGUGCCCCAGUAGCUGCUGUAGAAUUUGGUGUCUCUCAGGGAAUCCCCUUGGUGGAAACAAGGGCCGUUACAAUGUUAACAGAAUCUAUUCAUUUUACUAUGGCGUGCAUGAGUGUGUGUGUUGUGCGUGCUUGUGUGUGGACGUCACGCAUUCUGUUUUCCAGGUUAACUUCCUAUAUUGUUUUUUUUAAUCUUCUCAGCUUUAAUGUUUUAUUUAAGGAUAUCCCCUUAUAUGUUCCCCUGUCUUGAACUUUCUGAAUACCUAAAUUAGAUUUUAAGAGAAAAAAAGUUAUAUUAAUUUAUGCUAACAUUGCCUCGUAAAUUAUACAUUUUAUACUAAAGCUGUAUUGAGUGUAUUGAAUUAUGUUGCAAAUGUGUAUUUGAUAACUAUAUUAAAAUAUCUAUAAACAAGCUUUUUAUUUUACUUUUGAGAUACAAAAAAAAAAAAUGCCCAAAAAAAAAAUAAUGAAUUUUUUUUACACUGGAAUUACGGUAUGGCGUGUUGCGGUGUAAUUGUCCUUGCUACCGUGCAGAUCUGUUCGGGGAAUGGGCCCUCUCAGCUAUAUAUAGGGGUAUACAGCUCAUUGCUGUGUGGCAUAUGUCAGGGUUUAGCACAUCUGUAGGGCUUAGCGAAGUUUCUAUACAGACGGAUACAGUUCCCCAAUGUGUACUCUGCCAGGUACAUGUUGUCCCAGCUGAAACAGAGGCAUAGAAUAAUGAAAAUACACUGGGGGAGAGGUAUCAAACCUAUAGAGGACAAGUCAAUCAGAGGUUUGUUACAUAUAUUUAUGGAAUACAUGCUAUAAGAAGGUAACACCUGACGGGUUGUUAUGGUCAGUGUAUCCGCCCGCAAUCUUUAGGUUUGACGCCACUCUCUUAAAAUCUGAAAUAGAUUGAUAAUUUGGUUUCGAAAACACGUUCUCUAUUUUGACCCGAAACUCCAACCUUUAAAAAUGUGUAGCUGUGUGUGUAUAUAUAUAUAUAUAUAUAUACAUAUAUAUAUAUAUAUAUUAGUUUUAUAAUGCAAGACGUAUUGGAGACUAGUUUUAAUGUGUGUAAGUGUGUUUGUAAAGUGGUGCUAAUUUGUGUGUGAAUUCAUGUUUAUGUGUUUAGAGGCUAUUUACGUAGAUGUGAUAAAUCCUGACACGUCCCACAUCACAGUAGUAGUGAGUAUUGGGAUUCUACUUCCCCAGGUCUCUCUAACCUCCAUUAAUAAGAUUUUAUUAUGAAGUAUAAAAUGGACGGGCAUAUUUAUGGUCUGGUCUGUAGGUAGCCACAAAACCCGCCGCUGUAACGAGCAGUAUGCCACUUUUUGGGGUACAGAAUAGAAGGCGAGCGGAAGUGUCUGCCUCCUGUAUCUUACAGCACUUUUUGCUCCUAUAUAUCCCACAGUGGGAGACAGGAGAUUUAUUUAAUUAAAGCAGCAAUCCUGCACAAAUGAUUUGUUUCUUUAAAUAGCAGGUGAAGUACCUUUUUUCAAGCAUGCGUCGGAAACGUUCACUUCCCCGGCUUUGCUCAUGCAAGUUUUCAUUUGCCAACCAAUUAGCUAAACAGACACAGGCCCUUAGCAUGGAAUGAGGGGGCUGUCACAGUUCAGAUAGAGCUGAGAGGGGUGUUGCAAAGCAUCUCUGCUUGCUAUAUUAUGUGCCAUUUGACUGUGGUUGCCAUGGUAGUCCAGAAUCAUAAAUCCUUAAUGGUAGUAUGAAAAAAAGUGAAAAUGGUAAACAUCACAUUCUUAUAGCCUGCCACUGUUUGUUUGCAUAUAUGUGUGUGUGAUAUAGUCUCACAUUUUUCUGUCAUGGGAUUGCUGCUUUAAGAUUUAAAUGAGUAUUGAACUCUUAAAGACCAUUAAUGCAAAAGAUUAAAAAGAUUAUUACUAAAGGAUUCUAUGUGCCAUUUUAAUUUGUCUGGGUUAAUUUCUAGAAUGUCAGUGGUAAAGGAAAAUCAUAUUUAUUGUAAUCCAGUGGGAAAGAAUGGGUUCCUUUGCUUUGGAGAAUGGUGACACACAGUAUAGCAGCUGCAUGGUAGCAAGGAUCUAAAUGAAUUUAUGUAACACUUUUCUGCUAUGGUUUGUGUGUUAACCCUUCAAUGCCAGUUGUAGACUUCUGCACCCCUUUUUUGCGGUGCGUCCAGGCAGCCCCUGGGAACACGCGGCUGGUGUACCUAUAGGUUUUUGUGCACAGACUUUUACUUUUAGCAGAAAAUUCAUUGGAUUAUUUAAACAAAUUGUCAAUUAUAUUUGCAUUAACCUCUUAACUGUUAGUGUCCAGUGGGUUAAUUUUUUCUAUUCUUCACGUAAACCAUGAUUUGUGUGUAUUGUUGCUAUUGUUUGACAAAAGACAGAAGAGCAAAGACAAGCACCUAUUAAAGAAACCCCCCUAAAAAAAAUGACGUUAUUAGCAAAAACAAAAUAUUUUUAGACUUAUUUGGCCUCGGGAACUUGACUAGCAAUGGCAAAACCCACUGAUGCUUCAGGCUGGUUACCCACUGGUGUCGCUUUAAAUAGCAGUGUCGCCGUAUGUCGGUCGUGUUUGACGUGCGUGAGCUAACUUUGAACUUUUGUUCGAAUGGGUCAGUCCUGUAAGACACAAGAAUAAGUUGCCUCCAAGACACACCAGUGUCAUUAUAACCAAUGGAGUGUAAUUGCCAUACCAGUUUGCGUGCUGUUUGAUGCCAGUGGGUAAGGGCCGUAAGUCAGCCAAAAGUUAGUCACGGUACAUAUAUUGUUUUGUGAGGUGUUCCACUCAUUUUACAAUGUGGGCUUGUGGUGUUUUAAGCAUUCUGAAUGGUCCACCUCCAGUCUGUUUUAAUUAGUAUAUUACCAUUGUUUUACAAAAAGGCAUCCUACUUCCAUCUUAGUGCGUUCUAUGCUCCUGGUGUGAAACGCGUGGUUCCUUUCACCAUCUGCACCACUGGCAAUGUAGAGACACUGACUAUGAAUGAGGUUACUACACAGAAACCUACCUGCCUGCCUGCCUGCAUAAGGAAAUAUACCCUAUCCUUCCCGUAGACUGCUUUGUAAUGUAAGUUAUUCCGCAUUUCACAACUAUUCUGGCAGCGAAUGUAACCGCUUUCCAUUUCAAUGAAACAAUUGCAGAAGAAUCUUUUGUUAUCUGGUCUUUUGUUUAGUUUGUUUAAGGGUUUUUGUAUACAGAAGUUUACAUUUUUAUGUAUAUUUUUUCUUGUGUAAGAAAUAAAGGAAAAUGGGUAAGAGGAAAAAAAAAAAACCAAUCCCCAAUGUAAUAUGUGUAUAAAAAAUGUGUAUUAUCUGUAUAUAGUGUGACAAAAUGAUUCUUUUCUUUUUGGAUGUAUUAAUAAAUCUUGCUGUGAAGUUA